UUUGGUUGAGAUUGUCAAAGUGAGGGGAAGAGGACAGUAAGUUAAGGAGAACUGUUAUAUGGAGUUUGAAGGUUGUGAUUUUGUGAAGUUGGAGUGACUUGAGCAAGUCUGAAUGCUUCUGGAAAAGCAGCUAAUUGGAGGACAGGGGCUGGUUCUUGAGAAAACAAGACAGAAUGGAGCCUCGAGAAGAGGAGGGAUUGAUGAGCUUUACAGGAGCGAUGUCCUUUGCCUGAAAAGGAAGAAAAAGUGAGUUUAGAUGCUAAGUGUGUAGGUUUGCUCUCAGGAAAUUGAGAAUGUCUCACUGUGAUCGCUGAAUUUUCCUGGAGUUAGAAGGCAAGGUCACACUGAGAAAGGGAGGAGUGAGGAAAUGUAGAUUUGCAGAGAAUGUUGGUUCAAAAUCGCUUGUUGAGGAAAGUGGAGAGCGCUUCUGUCAGAUUGCCAUUGACUUGGAAGGCCCUUUAGCUCCAGUCCAUGAGGUUGUGCUCAGAAGAGAAUUUAAGGGUGAGAGGAUGAGAAAGCUUCAGGGUGGAAGCAGCAUUCAAGCUGCACCUAGAAAAUAGUGCAAUAUGAAACAGCGAGAAUUGGGAAUUCCAAUCUAAGGGACCUGCAAGACAGUGACUGAGGUAUAAGGCCCCUGAGAAGCAGUAGGAAGGAGAAUAGGAUGGGGCCAGACAAUAAAGAUUUUGAGCUAGGGAGUAAUCUUCGAGAAAAUCAAUCUGGCAGCAUAGACUGGAUUGGGUUGGGGGUGCAAGAGGAGAUCAGGAGAUUAUUAAAAUAUGCAGGCACAUAAUAGUCCACUCUGAUUAUAGAGAACUGCACACUUGUCCAGUUACUCUCAUUAGGGAGAUGGCGUAGGGGAAGAAGACUGACUGUAGAGGCAGCCCCAGGUUUACAUCCUGUCAUUCAGCCUGAGUGCAUUCUUGUACUUCACAUAAACCUCAUCUUAAAAAACGGGCUGUGAUACCUGCCUUAUACAAAAUUGUGGCAAGGAUGAAAUGACAAAGUGAGGACAAGGUCCGUUAUGCCCAAUACAUAACAGGUCCUUUCACACAUUAGUACUCAGUAAUCUGAGUUGAAUUGUGUUGAGCUAAAUUGGCCCUAUAGGCAAAAUUAGGAAGUUGGAUAGUUUGGUUUUCAGGGAGCAUCUAGAACUGUUGUGACCAGAUUCAUAUCUUAGAUCACUUGACUGCAGUGUAGAAAGGAUUGGAGGGGGCCAGAAGAGACCAGGAGAACAGUUAGGAGGCUGCAGCAGUAAUCCAGGUGAGAAGAGAUUUGGAGGAAGGAAUCAGCGAUGACUCCCAGGUGAAUGACAGUUGGCUGCAUGGAGAGUGGUGUUCCAACGGAGAUGGGGAACCCUAGAGGAGGAACAGGAUGGUGAGGGGAGGAUGAUGAGAUUAGUCUGGAACAUUUUGCCUUUUAGGCACUUGUGGGAUAGCCAAGUAGAAAUAAACAGUAGGCAGGUUGACACACAGGUCUCUAGCUCCAAGCUAUCUGAACAGUGCGUCGCCGAUAGCAAGGACUAUUGCCAUGACUAUUAUAUCUGGACUGGAGAAAGAGAUAUGGGAGUGUGUUAUAGGACAGUGGCGAUGAUACACAGGAAUAAUAAUAAUGUCAGCAACGACCGAGCUAGCACUUAUUUUGAAUUAUUUAUGGUACAGAACCAGAAGUUGUAAUAAGUGCUUUGCAUGAAUUGACUGACUCAGUUAAUCCACUGAAUUUAUGAGUAUGAAACUAUUACCAUUCUCAAUUGGGAAACGGAGGCACAGAGUUUAAGUAACUUGUGCAAGGCCACAGUACUGUGAAUAAAUGGUGGAGCCAGGCUUUGAACCCAGUCAGACCCCAAAUUUCAUGAUCUUAGGUCACAGUCCAGAAAAUAAGCCAUUAAACGCAAGACGGGCUAUAAAUUAAUUAGCAGGUCAGGUUACUGCUAGUAAGCGUUAAAGCCAGAAUUCAAAGCAUCACAAGAAGUAUAAAGUGAAUCUCCGUCCUUGAAGAACUGAUCGUCCACGUGGGGUGAUGAGCCAUGGAAGAAAUGCUGGGAAGAGCCGGCGCCGGAGCAGUGGUGGGGGGUCUAGCUUGGGGGGAACCAUGGAGAAGGGCCAGCCUCCCGGCUUCCUAGAGAGGCGCUAGGAGCGUCGGCCGCUCGGGCUUCCGCCUAGCUACGUUUGGCAGGGCUGCGGGCGCCCCGGGUGAGCUGCCGGGGAUUCGGCGACCCCGCUCCCCGGGGGUGGCCUAGUCCUCCCUGUCCUGAAGCUCUGGCGUCGGGGUCUCGUAGACGCCUCCCGAGAGGCCCGCGCGGCUGCCCCGAGCCGGGGCCCACCCCGCUGCCGGCAGAGGCACGAUCGUCCUUCCUGUCCCGGAGAGCUGGCCUGACAUCCUCUGGCUCCCGGUACUCAGGUUCUGCAGGUUCUUGCUUUUCCCAACAGAGGGGGCAGUGCAUGAAGCCAGGGGUCAUCAGCCAUGCUCCAGACAGUGCGGUCCCAGGAGUCAGUGACCUUUGAGGACGUGGCUGUAUACUUCACCCAGAACCAAUGGGCGAGCUUGGACCCUGUGCAGAGGGCCCUGUACAGGGAGGUGAUGCUGGAGAAUUAUGCAAAUGUAACUUCCUUGGCAGUAUUUCCAUUCCCUAAACCAGAUGUGAUAUUCCAGCUGGAGCGAGGGGAAGCACCACGGGGCCUGGAUCCCUGGACCCCUGUCAGGGGAGAGGCCCUGAGAGCUGUCUGCACAGGUGGUAAAAGCAAGACUGAGAAUGCAGAGCAGACUCCAAAGCUGAACAUUUCUGAAGAAGCAGAGUUGCACAGACUGAUGGCAGAAGGGCUACUGAUGGGUGCUUCCCAGCACCCUCACAGUAAGGACGGCUUGGAGAAGCUGCAGCUGUGUGGCACAGGGAGGAAAACAAACUCAAAAAAAGGAGCCUUCACAGACUUGACAGUCCAGGAUCAUAAAUCCUCCACCAUGGAAAGAGCCAGGAAAUUGGAAGGAAGCAGUGGUGUCGGCACACAUCUCAUUACAAAGCAGGGCCUCCCUAGAGGACAGGUGUUUUAUAAAUGUGGCGAGUGUGGCAGAUAUUUCAACCAACAUUCAGACUUUUGCCAGCAUCAGAGAAUUCACACUGAUGAGAAGCCCUACAAAUGCAAAGAAUGUGGGAAAGCCUUCAGAUACAACUCAAAACUCUCACGGCACCAGAAAAUCCACACUGGGGAGAAACCCUACUCAUGUCAGGAAUGUGGACAAGCCUUCAGUCAAAAUUCCCACCUCCUUCAGCAUCAGAAACUCCAUGGUGGAGAGAAGCCCUAUGAAUGUAAAGACUGUGGGAAAACCUUUAGCUACAACUCAAAACUUAUUCGGCAUCAGCGAAUCCACACUGGGGAGAAACCCUUUAAGUGUAAGGAAUGUGGGAAGGCUUUCAGGUGUAGCUAUGACUGCAUCAUCCAUGAGCGAAUUCAUACUGGGGAGAAGCCCUAUGAAUGUAAGGAAUGUGGGAAAAGUUUCAGUUCAAAUUCAGUCCUGAUUCAGCAUCAGAGAAUCCACACUGGGGAGAAACCUUAUGAAUGUAAAGAGUGCGGCAAGACUUUUCGCCGGAGUUCAGUGUUUCUUCAGCACCAGAGGUUCCACACUGGGGAAAGACUCUAUAAAUGUAACGACUGUUGGAAAACUUUCAGUUGUAGCUCACGCUUUAUCGUACAUCAGAGAAUCCACACUGGGGAGAAACCUUAUGAAUGCCAGGAGUGUGGGAAGGCAUUCAAUCAGAAAAUCACCCUGGUUCAGCAUCAGCGAGUUCACACGGGAGAGAAACCUUAUGAAUGUAAGGUGUGUGGGAAAGCCUUCAAAUGGAGCGCCAGUUUCAUUCAGCAUCAGAAGUUGCAUACUAGGAAGAAACCCGCCCACAGUACAGGGCCAUCCACAGUUAAGCCCCACUGCCCCUCAUCAGUCCCAUCCCCUCUGCCUCCUCAGCAUGCGUGCUCUGCCCCAGCCAUGCCAGGGUCUCCCUUGUCUUCUCCACAUGCAGUGCUACUUGCUCCCGCCGUGCCUCUCUUCGUGCUACUCCCCUCAUCUGAAAUGGCCAGUUCUUCACCCGUCCAGUUAGUGCAUUUCUUUCAGGAUCUUGCUUCUCCUGAGAAGUCAUCCCCUUAUAGCCUGAACACUUUGUCUCACUCCCCGUGAGCUCCCUCAAGUUCUCAACUCCCAGUGCACCUGGAGUCAUCAGUUUCCACUUGCUCCUGAUCAUGUCUUUGUCUAUACACUUCUGGUCUUGUGUAUGUCAUUAUUGUUUUCACAACUCCAUUUUAAGUUCUCACACUUAAGGACCAUGUUUGAUUACCUUCUCUCCCCAUGGUAGGAAGUGGUUGUAUCUAUCCUUUAUAGUGCCUGGUCUUGGCCUCUACCAUCAGUUUGCACCUGCCUUCUCUACUAGAGUUGGAAGAGUUUGCAGAACAUUUUGGGUUUUAAAGGUGUGGCAUUACAAUGGGAUGGGCCAUUGUAAUUCAAGAAAUAGGGGAAAUGCAGUCCAUAGGGGGAGGUAAUCGAGAAAGUACCCAGUGAUUGCUUUCAGGAUUUAAGGAGGACCAUUUGGUGGGCCAGUAGCAGGGCUCACUGUGGGGAUAUGAGCCUUGGGUUUUUUAUUACCUUGAUAAUGACCGUUAUGAGGAUCCUGUGUAACUAAGCAGUAGAGCAAGAAAAUGAUCACUGAAAAGAAUAUGAAGUGAUGAGUUGGCAUUGAUAGCAAUAAUGUAAAAUCAUGUCUUUAAACUUGAUUGGAAGGGGAUGUGGUUUUCCUGUUUGGAUUCCUUUUCCAUUCCUAUCCAUAUCUUUGUUAAAUUUCAGUGCUCACUCAAAUAUGUAGGUAUAAAGAUUGACCUGGGCUUGUGCAAUUUAGGACACGUGCCUGGGUGUAGUAAUCUCUAAAUUAUACACGGAGUGGACUUGUUGGCAAUACGUGGAUAAGCAGUGGAGGGAAGGAGAAGAGAAACCCAACCAUGACUUAAUGUAGCUCCUGCCUCGGAAGGGAGUCUAUUCGUGAUCAGUAACCAUGCGCACACUCAGAUAUGUUCUCAUACCUGUUCCACAUCCCCUAUGAUGAAAUCUGAAUUUGUGAGUGGUGGCACUUUUAAAUUGAUUUUAUAAUGAACUACUUUGGUAACACCAAGGAGUGUUUUAAGAAUGCUGGUCUUGCUAGAUGUUACAAUCUCACUGGUUUGACCAUACUUUCUGUCUAGUAGUUAGAGGCUCUGCCCCAUCUCAGAAUCACUGCUUCAGGACAGUGUAGCAACAUGGAAAGGUACUUUAAAUAAUUAAGCAGGAAUACAGUACUAAGGAUAUGAUAUGUACACUGUUAUUGUAACACCAUAAAAUUAUGUCUGAGGGAGGGCAUAGAGAGACAUUUGGUUUUGGUUUUGGUCAGGUUUACUGAGAUAUACUUUGUAGACAGUAAAAUCCACCCUUUAAAAAAAAAGUAAAUAGUUUGGUGAAUUUUGACAAAUGAAUACAGUUGUAUAACCAAGAUAUAGAAAAUUUCCAUCACGCCAAAAAGUUCCCUCAGCACCAGGGAGAAAUUUAAAUGGUUGGUGGGAUGUUGGCGAUUGUUCUUUAUUUUUAUUCGUUGAUAAGGUUGUACAGUACAUACAAUUCAGGAUAAGAAAAGGCAAAAACCAAACUUAUUUCCCCAGCUGUAGUCAGAGCUUCCAGAAUAUGCAAAGAUCCCUCACCCAGAAUCAUUGCUAAGAAAAAGUCAAAAUGGAGGAAAAUGACAAUGAGUCUGGUUUCUUUGUCAUAUUUCUGAAACAGACACAUAUAUAAAAAUUUUGCCCUAUUUAUUUCCCCCAAACACCAUUAAACAGAAAGGGCCUCAGGGCUUCUGGGAGGAUUAUAGCAAGGAAGGAUGGGGGUGAGAGACUCCUAAACUAGCAGGACUUCAAAAAAGAGGAACUUCUAAAUAGAGUUUGGAGGGUAGCAGAUUAUACGACAAGAAAAAGUAAAGAAUGUAGGGGAAAAAUAAAUGGAUAUGCUCUGGGCUGAUAAAGGCUCUUGAGUCCUCCUGGCCAUGAGAUUUAUGAGUUUCUGACUUUGGUAACUUUUAUGUUCUCAUUUGUUCCUUCCUUUAUUCAUUAAUUCAAUAGGCAUUUAGGGUUUUUCCCCAUUGUUACACAAAUGUUAUUACACAGCCUCCACAGCACGUCCUAGGUGCUGAACGAUGAAGACUGUGCCACUGUUCAAUGCAGGGACCAGCGCUGCCAGGUUGUCUGGCACUUAGUAGACACUCAGGUGUUUUUGACAAGGGCCAUGUGUAGCUCAUGGAAAGGACAGAUGUGUAAAAAUAAACUCAUACAUCACUUAAAUUCCAACUUAGCGUUCCUUCAGGAGUUUCUAUUUUCACUCAAAGUGAAAUGACUAUAAACUUACUGACUCCCCCCACACUUGUUAAUUUAGCAUGAGGACUGCCCACUUCCUUCAGGAAAGGUAUAUGGGUGUCAUAAUACUUGAAAGGUUUAGUUUUGAGACUUCUGUCUUUACCAGUGACUUGGCUAAGUAUAUGAUUUAGGUCUCUGCUUAAAAAUACCAGAAACCGGGGCGGCCAGGUGGCAGAGCGGUUAUGUGCACGCGCUCCACUUCAGCGGCCCGGGGUUCUCAGGUUCGGAUCCUGGGCGUGCAACAACACACCACUUGUCAGGCCAUGCUGUGGCGGCGUCCCAUAUAAAGUAGAGGAAGAUGGGCACGGAUGUUAGCCCAGGGCCAAUCUUCCUUAGCCCCCCCCAAAAAAAAAGGAGGAUUGGCAUCAGAUGUUAGCUCAGGGGUGAUCUUCCUCACAAAAAAUAAAAAUAGCAGAAACCUACUUGAAUUAACUCAAAUACAUUUAAUUUAUCAUAAGGAUUCCUGUGUGUAUCCUGACACCCAAGGGCAAGAAUGCAGCCAGGAGCUCUGGAGCCUGGAAAACCCAAGCAGUCAGGAAGAACAGGCAGAACACUCAGGCUCAGUCUCAGCUCUCUCCUCACUUCUGAUCCCUUCUCCUCUUUGCAUUCCUGCUUUCUCUAUCCCUAAGCACAUGGCAGAAGUUGCCGUAGGUCCCACGUUUACAACUCCAUUCCAGAGAACCAGCCCAAACUGAGAAUCUCCCAGACUUAAUUCCAAAUUCCAGGAGAGAGAAUCUGAUUUGCCCACUUCAGGUGUUCACUUCUGUUCUACUCUCCCUUGCCUUGGGGAGAGGGAGGCAGGGGGCUCUGGGUUGUCAAGUGUAAACAAGGCUGCUGGGGCCCCCACCCUGUGGCUGGGCUCAGCAGACACCCAAAAGGUUGUCUGUUGCUGUCUUCUUAGUUCACAACCCUUUCCCUCAUUUCUGUUGCUCCAUGUCUCCUGGCAACUAAGAUAACUGAGGACAACCUUCAGGAUAUUUUUGUCCUGACUGCCUGGAAGCUUUUAAAAAUUUAUCUUUGACAGUGGUUUACCCUGGUGUUGAUCACCCUCCAUUAGUGUAUCUUGGCUCACAGUGAGCUCUCUCAGUCUGUGCAUUCAAAUCUUCCUUUGUGGAUGGCUUGUGACUGGCCAAUCUGGGGCGGAAGAGCUGAUGGGGUUAUGGGAAGUGGGGAUAUAGUCCCCUCUGAUUUCCUCUGGAUUCUGUGUUUGGGUUAAACAGGCACCUAUGGCCAUGGGUUGAGUGAGGGUGAAUAUGGUUCUUGGGCCUUUCUCUUUGAGGUAUAUGUGUAUAGCCAACUCAGCAGCAGCAAGGCUGGCUUCCUGAUUAUAGCUCUUCAUCUGGUUCAUUUCUGGUUAUAGUUCUCCCUGGUUUCCCUUGUCCUUUCACAGCCACUCCACCAUGGAAGCUGGGUUGGUGAUAAGAAAAACCACGUGGCUGCAUGAUUUCUCCUUUAAUCUUGCUACUACUGCCAUGCCUCUGGAAGGAAUAGGCCUCCUGCAGGGUAUUGCCUGCAUCUCCCUUAACUGCCCCUGCCCACAGCCCUCAUCUCCCAAGUUGAGAUUUCUAAGUAGCAGCUUCAGAGAGAUCUCAUUCUAUAUACUCCCUGUACCCUUCACCAUAACAGAGAUUAGGCAAGCUGUGGGGCAGACCUCUGCCUCCUCCUACAGGUCUGUCUAAAUUGUAACGUGCUCCGCUGACAGUCUUCAGUGAUUUCAGUGUGAAUUCGGGCUAAUUCUGUAGUAUCUAGCCUUCUCCUAGGGAAAGAUUAGCACUCAGUAUGUGAAAUCUUGCCCUGUUAACAAGACCUCAGAGGUUAGAGGGAUCAGUGAUUGUGCACAGUGCAGACUGUUAAACUAAUCUUUACCAGUCCAGCCCCUAGACUGGGUUCCAGGAAUAGUGAGGGCAUAAGAAGAGAUGCAAACAGCUAUUUUCCUAUAUGAUGCCGCGCCCUGGAGGCCAAGACGCCCCGGCUUUUAGAUCAUAGUUGCACGUGGGACAGCCAGGAGUACAGGCAGGACCCCCAAACAUUUGCGUCGUUCCUGGUCCUGCUGCGGCCCCAUCUGUAGCCAGCCGCUGGGGUCUGGGCAGGCAGGGUUGCAACAAGAGUAUCGCUACCGCCGGUGGGCAUCUCCAACUCUAACUGCAGCGAGAAGGCCGGGCUAUGCCGCCCGGGCACGUGAGCGUUCCGGACCAACGCACCACCGAGAGGGAACCCUCCGGCUUCCUAGAGGGGACAGUGGGCUCCGCCGCGCUUCCGGCUCGGUGCUGGUUGGUGGAGCCCCGGCGCUCCCGCGGGAGAAGGAAUCCGGGCGCUGGUGCUGCGGGCCCGGGCGGGCGGGAGCCGGUGAGGCGACGCGCUCGGCCCGUCCGUGGUCUGGGCUGGCUUGAGGGCCUUGACCUGGAAGUGGCUGGCCGAGGAGGCCCGGUGCCCCGGGGCCGCGCAGCCCGCGCCCCUGCCGGCGGGGCGGGUUCGUUGGUCCUCCGCUGAAGGGAUGUCCGCACCGGCCUCUGCUCGCCUUCCUAGUCUCAUUUCUCAGGACCCCGAGGGCAGUGUGUGAAGCGGGGACGCCAGCCAUGUUCCAGGCCACUUGGCGCCAGGGGCUGAGAUCAGAACUGAGAAGGGAGAAUCAACUCAAAAGGAACACAUUUCUAAAGAAAUGGAGUCCUACAGACUGACAUUAGGA